CUCAGGUAUCGCUCUGAUUUUGAGGAAAUUGAGAUGCUGGGUGAGGGCGGAUUUGGUUCGGUCGUCAAGGCGCGCAAUCGCCUUGAUGGAUCAACGUAUGCCAUCAAGAUCAUUCCUUUUGACGUUUCGUUCCCGUCUUACAGUGCCAAGGUGGUGCGUGAAGUGACCCUGUUAGGCAGUCUCAACCACCCGCACAUCGUACGAUACUAUCAAGCCUGGACAGAGCACGAAACGAAGAAAACACGACAAAGCCAAAACAACCAGUCCACCACAGAUGCAAGUACCGAGACUGGCGAUCACGUACUCUACAUUCAGAUGGAGUACUGCCCCCGUGCCUCGCUGCGCCACCUAAUUCGUGAUGGUAGUCUUCGCAUCCAAAUGAUAUGGCGCAUUCUGCGUGAGAUCCUGGACGCCCUGGCCUAUAUUCAUCAAAACGGCAUUAUACAUCGCGAUCUCAAGCCAGAAAACAUUCUCCUGGACAAGGACUUACAGGUCAAGCUGGCAGAUUUUGGUCUUUCCACCGCUGUCGGGGCGGCUCCAAAUUCGAUGGGCAGCCUCCCCCCUGCAGCGGCGCAUGGUCAUAAGCCUGAACUGACUUCUGCCGUGGGCACAAGCCUCUAUGUCGCUCCUGAGGUGGAUGCGGGCUCGCGCUAUGACGACAAGGCGGACAUGUACAGCCUGGGCGUCACCCUUUUUGAAAUGUGCUAUGCGUUUGGCAGUAUGCAUGAACGCUACGUGGCCAUUCCGGCACUUCGAGAGUCGCUCGCCUUUCCCCAAGACUUUGACAGUGAGGCGUACAAAGGGCCCAAAAAGAUUGUACAAGACUUGCUGGCCCAUGACCCUGCCAAGCGACCGACGGCGCAGGCUCUCCUCUUGUCAUCAGAUCUGCCCGCCAAGGCUGAGGACGAAUUUAUUCGUGAGGCG